AUGUCCUCCUACAGUUCCUCGCAGGUCGCAGAACCUAAAGCAAACCCUUGUUUCAACUACCAAGCACCAAUACCAAAUAAUACAGGAAGAAGAGACGGAUAUUUGAUCUUGCCAAACUUCGACACAUCCACUGGCCCAGUCAACCAAAAGUUGGCCAUUAUAGAAAACUCAGAAUGCCCAGAGCUACUCAAAGUAGCAGGUCACACCAGCAAAGUAGAAGAUGGUGCUGCUUGUUGCCAUGAGAUGUUUUUCAACCAGCCAUAUUAUGUUGCAUCAGGACCCGAAGACAAAAAUCCUGUUUUUACCGCGCAAUAUUUCGGAGAGAACGAUGUCAAGAAUGUUACAUCCGCGUACGAAGCCAUGAAAGAGGCUCGCGAGAUAGCACACAGAAAGAGCGCGGAUCCAAACUCCCAAGACGAUAUUUCGGAAUUUGAGCAGCGAAUGGUGGGUAACUCUAAAAAGAAGAUUCUUAAAAGAAGAGCAUAUGUCCAAGGCUUUACAAUCACACAGCAGCAGGACGCGAUCUGUGCCGCGCCGGUAAACGCAGCGAUAAUUGAACAUGCCGAAUUCACUGGAAAACUCAAUCAGCUGGUCGCGAUAGCUGCUGGCCGUCUUCUAGCAAAUUGCGCGCCUAAAGAAGUGUUGGACCGCCUUGCCAAACAGGCAGAGUCUGCUAUCCCUGUUACGUUCGGGCAUGAAGAUAACAAAUUCUUCUCAACUGUCCAAUACAAUUACUCCGGGGUAGAGAUUGCUUCUUUAGAGAUGAGCCUUGGUAAUUUCGGCGCUCUACAUAUCGAUGGAAAUGACGACUCAGCAAUGUGGACAGUGCUAUUAGUAUUGUCAAAUAUACCCGAGAGCUACUGGCCUGGCCGGACAUUUAUAUCUUCGCUUCGGAUAUAUGCGACAAUGGGGCCGAUGACUGCAUUAGUAUUCAAGGCGGUUCAUCCACAUAUCAGUUUGGGACCAAUUCCCAUGGGCGAGUCUAAGCGUCUGCGGUAUGCAUACCUGCCAGACAAAACCCAUAUAAUGGACCCCGUACUCUAUACUCAAAGUAGGUUAGUGGCCGUAUGCUACCCUAAGAAACCAGUCAUCCGCGAAACACCCGCUCUGCUCCGUCGCUCGACGCCAAAAGUCCUUCGAACAAUCAAAGGGGUUCGCAGCAGCCUGCCAGAAGCACAUCCAGUAGCAAUUGCGGCUUUCGGAACCUUGAGGAAUCAGAUGGAGUUUUUGGCAAGAUUAGAAGCUCAUGAUAAGGUUAAUAUGAAGCGCAUUAAUCCAUCUUUGAAGAUACCCACGGCAGACUUAUUUGUGCAGCUGUGGAGCUGGGAGGAGAAUGGUGUUACUAUGACACCAAGAGUUUCCCGAAUUCAGGCUUUUGAUGGCAAUAAGAAAACGGAAACUAAUUGGGUAUCUACCGAAAAUAUUGGGUCAACAUUUGUUCAUUUGGAUCCCCUCGCAUCGACUGCUGCUAAGCCUCUUGAAGAAUUCAACAAAUGGGCCAAGAAGACCAACAAUCUUCCAACAAUCAAGCGAAACUAUGGCAAGCUUCCCUACCUAUGUCCCAACUGCGAACUGAGAUUUUCUUCCAAAUCAAGAGUUAAAAUUCAUCACAAUCUUGCACACAUGUACACAUAUGAGUGGCAAAUGCCCCAGCCAUCAGUUGAUCCAGCCCAUCAAGAGAGGGAUAGCGAGUUUGACGAAGAAGGAGAAGAACAACUUGCAGAAGAGGCUGAUCUAGAGGGUGAGGAAUAUUCGGAGGAAGAGGGACCUGUUGCGAAAAAGAGAAAGAGAGAAAGCGUCAAGAGAAGCUAA